AUGGUGGAUCUGUGCGGUUGGGACGUCGAUCUGUGUGCGGUGCGUGCAGAUUUUUCUUUUUUUUUUUUGUUAUGGUGGAUUCGGCGGCGGUUUUUGGCGGAUCCAGUGGUUGUGUGCGGUGAUGGUGCAGUGUUUUGUGUGGUUGUUGGCAAUGGUGUAUCUGGUGGCAGAGGUAAUAACAAUGGCAAUUCAGGUACUUUUGGCUUCUUUACAGAGCUUGGAGUAAACUCAGCAAUGGCUGAUUCUCCCUUCUUAAGUGGUGGAUUUUGUUCAAUAAACUUCACGAGUCCCUUCUCGCCGCCUAGAAAUCCACUAGUUAAGCCUUGUAACUCCUUUUUAAAUCCAUCUUCUGAUGAUGGCGGUGGUGGCUUUUCUUGCUCUUAA